AACAAGUCAAAAAAAUUAGAGAUAAAAAAAUUAUCAACAGCCAAAAUAUAAUUUACAAAUUAAUUCUGAGCUUUUGCUACAAUUCCGAGAAUUCACAAUUUUCGACACUGUGUCAUACAUGUCGUUUUUCGAACACCCGUGAGAAUCGCAUCUUCUCCAAAAAUGGAUUCGUGCCUAAUAUUCCUUAAAGGCAAAUUUAUAAUUUUAAUUACCAUUUUAUUCACAUUUCUUCCCCUUUUAGGGGAGAAGAACUUUGUUUACUCUUUCCAAACUCGUGAUUCCACGCCUGAUGGGAAUAUUCCCACAGUCGAUGUACAAAUGAUACCACAAAAAAGAUGGUUAUCUUCCAGCCGCGAAUUCCAAAAUUUAAAAAAAGAAAUCUCUUAUGUCAUUGAUAAAGAGAUUGAGAAGGAGAAGAAGCGUUUAAUGGACAUGGAGGAUUCUAGGUUUAACAAUAUUAAGCAAUCGAUUUUACAACUUAUUCCCAAUUCCAGGAAAAAGUUUAAGAAUGAAAGUUAAUGUUUUAACCCAAUUUGGACUAUGUACACUAGUUUAAGCUAAAGCUUUAGAUUCU